AUGGCAGCAAAAGUUUUAACGACACCUUCACAUCCUCAGAAUAUUUUCCACAAUAAAACAAAUACCAACAAUAGCACUACUAAUAGUGGUCAUCACUUGGUUAACUCUGAAGAGGAUAUCCAAGAUGAUUUUUUAGAGGAUUUACGUGUCAUUGGAUAUGACCCGUUGAUACAACCUCAAUUACUUCAAAUGGAAAUUCCAAUGUCAGCGAUUUCUCGUAAAGUUGUGUCACUUACACGCCAACAAAUCGCAAAAAUUCUUAAAGGAUUAGAUGAUCGUCUCAUAGUUAUCGUUGGACCGUGUUCAAUUCAUAAUGUCGAAGCGGCCAAAGAUUAUGCUCUUCGCCUUAAAUCUAUCGCAUCUCAAUUGAAAGAUGACUUAUUAAUCAUAAUGCGUUCCUAUUUCGAAAAACCACGAACUACUGUCGGCUGGAAAGGAUUAAUUAAUGAUCCCUUUAUCGACGGCUCUUUCCAGAUCAAUAAAGGUUUAAAAAUCGCACGAAAACUUUUGUGUGAUAUUACAGAGUUUGGUGUGCCAGUCGGUUGUGAACUACUUGAUACCAUUUCACCUCAGUAUUUGGCUGAUCUUAUUUCUUGGGGCGCAAUUGGUGCACGAACAACCGAAAGUCAAUUGCACAGAGAAUUAGCCUCCGGUGUAUCUUUUCCUCUUGGAUUCAAAAAUGGAACCGACGGAAAUGUUGGGAUAGCAAUAGAUGCGAUCAAAUCCGCGUAUAAUCCACAUCACUUUUUGGGUGUCACUAAACAAGGAUUGGCUGCUAUCACAAAGACUAAGGGAAACGAGCUCUGUCAUGUAAUUUUAAGAGGUAGUAAUUCUGGUCCAAACUAUAAAAAACAAUAUAUCGAUGCUACCAAAGAAUCAUUACGAAAAGCAAAGUUGCCCGAGCUAAUAAUGAUCGAUUGCAGUCAUGGCAACAGUAGUAAGAAGCACACCAAUCAGCCGAUUGUUAGUACUGACAUAGCAAGUCAAGUAGCUUCUGGAGAUGAUACAAUCAUUGGAGUAAUGAUCGAAUCAAACAUUGUAGAAGGUCGUCAAGAUGUUCCUAAAGAAGGUCCUAGCGCUUUGAAGUAUGGUCAAUCUAUCACCGAUGCAUGUGUUAGUUGGGAGGAUACUGUACCAAUGCUUGAGGGGUUGGCUAAGGCGGUUCGAGAAAGAAGAAUUCUAAGGGCUAAUAAUAAUUGA